GCGACCAGCGUGGAUACAGGACAUCACCUUCUGGGCUUUUACGCCUCUCCUCUCCACCAUCUCUGGGAUUUAACGAUGAUUUGGACUCUUUUCGCCAAGAGGAAACCCUCUGAACUGGGGUUCAAAUUAAGUGAUUAGAGCCUGAAUUUCUCCUUUUAGGACAGCCGACUGGUUUGUGUCUACUUGAGGACUGAUCAUGAGAAGUUUACUCCUCCUCAUCCUUUUUCUCUGGAUGUGUCCACUCAUGGUUUUUGCCCGGCAUCCAACUUGUAACUUCCUGCUGGAGGUGGAGAAAGAUCAGCUAGACUGUGUGAGGAGGCUGAAGGAGGAGGAGGCUGCUGGCAACACUAAAGAGCCAGGAUGCAAAGGAACCUGGGACAACAUAGCCUGCUGGGACCGAGCCGAAUUCGGAGAAACUGUCACUAUCCCCUGUCCUCGAGCCCUCAAGAUAAUAUUUGGCAGAAACGGUAACAUCAGCAGGAACUGCACAGCUGCGGGUUGGUCGGAGGUAUUCCCAAACAUAAGCAGCGUGUGCGGGCUGGACACGAGCCAGGAGAAGCUGGUCUUCUACGUGGUCGUUCAGACGCUGUACACUCUGGGUCACAGUUUGUCUCUGAUUGCCCUGACCACAGGGAGCGCCAUCCUCUGCCUCUUCCGGAGGCUCCACUGCACCAGGAACUACAUCCAUCUCAACCUCUUCAUCUCCUUCAUCCUGAGAGCGGUGGCGGUGCUGGUCAAAGAUGCCAUCCUCUUCAACCGCAGCUCACAGUGCUCCAGCCAGCCCUCUCUGGUGGGGUGUAAGGCCAGCUUGGUGUUUUUCCAGUAUUUCAUCAUGGCCAACUUCUUCUGGCUGCUGGUGGAGGGUCUCUACCUUCACACGCUGCUGGUUGUCAUCUUCUCCGAAAACCAACACUUCAUCAUUUAUAUGUUUAUCGGCUGGGGAAUCCCUACUCUGUUCGUAUCUGUGUGGGUAAUGACCAGGAUUUACCUGGAAGACACGGGGUGCUGGGAAAGGAAUGACAACCCCAUUCCCAACUGGGUGAUCAACGGACCAAUUGUAUUCUCCAUUUUGGUCAACUUCGUCCAGUUCAUCAACAUCAUUCGGAUCUUGCUUCAGAAGCUGCGAUGUCCUGACAUAGGCGGCAAUGACCAAUCACAGUACAGGCGGCUGGCCAAGUCCACCCUCCUCCUCAUUCCUCUGUUUGGGAUCCACUACGUUGUCUUUGUGUCUCCCAACGAGUCCAUCACAGAAGAUUAUAAGAUAUUUUUUGACCUGGCUCUCGGUUCCUUCCAGGGUCUGGUGGUGGCGAUCCUGUACUGUUUCCUGAACAGUGAGGUCCAGGGGGAGCUGAAGAGGAAGUGGCGGAGCGUGUGUCUGAACUGCCACCUGAGCAGAGCUCGUCACUUCAACAGCAACUUCGCGUCCAGGAACGGCUCGGAGCAGACGACGCAGUUUCAGCGCCGCUCCAGAGCUCAGUCCAUCCUGCAGUCGGAGACUACGGUCCUGUGAGAGCCUGAGUCAGAUGUUUCACGCUGAAGAAAGAUAGAAAUUAACGUAGCCUCCAGGUUGACCUGGGUCAAACGUUUUUACUUUUCUCUAAAUUUGAAAAGAAAAAAAACGUGACCUGAACGGAAAUAACCCACAGGAGUGACCUGCAUUUUUAUUAGCAAAUGUUGGCAUUAAUAUAAAUAAGAGUGAGGCCAGAACUGAUUGUCUCUGCAGAGGAAAAGCUCAGAAACUGACAAUUUAAAGCUUUGCAGGUUAAACUCGACAGCGAUGUUUCAGCCGUGCAUCUGGUAGCAUAUCCAGCUGUGCAUGUGGACUGUUGCAGUCAGGAUGCUUGGCAGAAAACCUGACCUGAACAGAAAUAUCCCACAGGAGUGACCUGCAUUUUUAUUAGCAAAUGUUGGUUUCAGCUUUAGAAAUGGCGGCUGCUGAUUUCUAAGUGCUCUGAGCUGUGAGAGUUUUAUGUUUGGACUGAUGUUCCCAGAGUCUGGGACGUAGAUGAGGGUUAAAACAACACUUGAAUGUUUCAAACCUGACGUUUUUUCUCCCAAAAGGAAGAAAAAAAAGGUAAGUUUUGGAUAAUGGUAAACCUACAUAAGUUCUUGGUUCCUCUGUUUUGUCUGUUUAAUGUAGCCUGGCGCCAUCUGUCCUGAUGUGCAAAGGUGGUAUUAAUAUAAAUAAAGGUGAGACCAGAACUGAUUGUCUCUGUGGAGGAAAAGCUCAGAAACUGACAAUUUAAAGUUUUGCAGUAAUGUUUCAGCCAUGCAUUUGGUAGCAUAUUCAGCUGUGCAUGUGGACUGUUGCAGUCAGGAUGCUUGUCAAAAGCACCAAAAAGCUACGCAGCAGACAAAGCAGACAGACGUCUGAUAGGAACAAGACAGUUGCAGUGACUAAUGAGACAGGAAGCCAAUGUCCAUCUGCGGCAGGCAAAGGUGCUUUGUGUGAACGCUGGACUCGUGUAGCGUGUCCCCGCUGGUCAGUACAUUCCUCACGUUGCUUGUUUGUUGCUAUUGGAGCAAAUUAUGCAUUGUAUGAUACUCUGGCCCCACUGACCGACACUGUGGGUGUCCAAACGGCGCACAAUUAACUCUCAGAUACAUUUGUGACUCCUGCUAAAGAGGCAAAAGAGGAACAUUUUGGUGUUUCUCACUUUUCUUAGAAAAUCUUACAACAUAGCAAUAAUUAUUUUGGGUGAUUUAGUUCAGAAACCUCGACUGGACAUGCAGAGCAAGUGGAUAUGUGGAUUUUGUCUUUCAUUCAAACUGCAAAAUAAGUAGCAUAUUUUAAAGUUUUGAGAGCGCUUCAGAUUAGUGGAAACUCCUCUUUCUCUUUGGACGCUUUGCUUUCACAAAUCCAUGUUUGACCCAGGUCAGCUUGUGAGCUCAGGUAGUCUGAGCUCAUGCAUAGAACGCUGCUGAAUACAGUGUGGCUUCUACCAAUUCAGAGAGGGUUCUGGAAUAUGGUAUCGUUUCCAUGUUAAUGCAUUAAACUGCUUUUGUUAAUAUGCUGUGCAUGCACCAAAUGCUUAUUAUCUGCUUUGGUAGGUCUGAGGCUGUGCUCACUGCUCCGGUAAAGCAGGCACUCGGACUGAAAUUGUUAUUUAUCUGUAAAAAGGGAACUGAUGACGGUGUGUCUACCGGUUCCCAUCGGGGCUUGUGGUGUAAUAUUUGAUAUUUAGCACAGUACUCACGGUCAAACUGCAUUGUUUGCAGCUUUUUUCACAUUAUUGUGGUGUUUGCUCAGAGACGUGCUUACUUCUCACUGACGUCGGAUUGGGAUUUUAAGCUGACGUCGGACGUAAAAACCUAUUUUAGGGCUUUGACUGCCAACUGUGUUGCAACUUUUGCAUGCACCCCUGCUCAAACACGUCUGAAUCAAAAGGUUGCAUUACCUGCUUUGCAAAACUGUCAGCCAGUUUUGCAAAGGCCCCGUCAAUAAGCAUUCAUGUGAGUCAGGUGUGUUGGAGCAGGGGUGCAUCCAAAAGGGGCAGGAAUGUGGCAUACCAGGACCAGAGAUGCAGAAACUAGUGGAAUGGAUCAUUGUACAUGCCAUUUAUUUAUUUUUUCCCACACAAACUUCUUUAACAGAUGAAGACAUCGGUGCAAAAGCAGCAUUUAAAUAACCAAUUAUUUCCAACCAGCAGCCAGGUUGGUUUGUUGCGGGCUUUCUUGUCUUGUUUACAUCUCUCAGGAAAUGUUCAAUUUAUCAGAAAAUUAUUUAAAUCUGUUUUCACUUCUAUAUUAAACUGCUGCUGAAAGAGCGCUCCAUAAAUGUUUCCUUCACUGUUAAUUAGGUGGAUCAGUUCACUGCCCGUCCAAGAUACCUCUUUAUUUCCACACUGGCAAGAUUCAACAGAAAUAUCAUUUUAGGAUUUUCUCACCUCAUUUGAAUUUAUUGGCUUAGCCUGAAAAGGUUUUUUUUUUUUUUUUUUACUUUGUGCUGAAAUAUAGAUCUUUAAAUGUAAAAGAUUUCCCCAAUUUUAUUGGAAGCUGAAACUCUUGGAAGCUGCUAAUUGCCACAUAAGUUUUUGAUGAGUUCACAUAAAGGUUUAGCAAAAGCUCUGCUGUUACUAGAUAUUUUCAAUAUUUUCCUUUGCUUUUACUAAAAUGUUGUUAUUGUGUAAUAAUGUAAAAGAUUAUGUUGUACAUUUGUGCUCAAAGAUGAUAAGAAAACAGAACAGCUUUUGCUGUAUAGUUUAAAUAUUGUUUUACAUUUUGUUACAAAACAAACAAAAACUGACACUUGGCUUAAGGCAUACAGAAUAAAAAGAAGCUAUGAGGUAUUUAAAAUAAUUGUUAUGUUCUUAAUGUGUUACAUGAGUGCCAACAGUUUUUGUUAGUGCUCCUUUUGUCUUUAUUAGUUUAGACAAAUAAAAUAAAUUCACAAUUAGUAGGAGUAAGAUAUUCCUGUGCCUUACAGUCGUCACUAUGGUUAAAUCUCCAACUAAUCCCAACUGAUACUCAAAACAAUUUGAGCAUAAAUAUUUUGUAACAGCUCUGCACUAAGAAUAUUAGAGGACAUCCUUUGAUUUUCUAAAUACAACUUAGUAUAAUCUGCAUAGCUAUACAUGUCAGAAGUUAAUGUUAUAUCCUUAGUUUCAUCCACAUUUACUCUGAGAAUAACCGAUAACCAAGAAUAGUACCUUGUGGGACCCCAUAUAUUUGUACGGUUGUGUAGAAAUAACCUAUAUCACUACAAAAAUGUAUCUAGGUAAAGUGUGCUAAGAUAUAUAAAUUAUGAGCUAAUUGCAGAAAACUAUACAGGCAAUUACCUGUCAAGUUUUUUAUACCGCUGCAAAAUAGUUUAUCUUCUUCUAUUAAUAUUAAAUAAUGAUGAAUGGUAAAGUUUCCAAGUGUUUUGGUUGAUCUACCACUGGUCAAGCUCUUCUUUUACGUACAAAAAAACACAAUAGGGCUCCAUUUUUGUAAAAAUAAAGGCUGAAAAAAA